AUGUCCUCUAACUUGUCGCAUCUGCUGCGCAAUUCGCGUAUUGCACAGGUUCCCAAGUCUGGCAGCGCUCUAACUUCGAACGCUCCAAAAUACGCACCCACUCACCAGAUUAUCGAAACACGACCUUCUACCUUGUAUCGUCAAGAAUGGGGUCUAAAGGGUGCUUUACCUUCAAAAACCAAAACCAAGUACAUUGUAUUCAACGACCUAGACACUCUAGAGCGUCUUGCGACUUUUGAAGCCAAUGGUGGAUCCCAAUGGAAUCGGAUUAGAUUCCAAGAAUUGGGAGUGGCACCUAAAUAUAAUCCCGGCAAAGCAAAUCCACUUUUUGAAGCUUCCACAGCUUCUGGAAAUCAGCUUGUACCACUCAGCUCUUUGCUAAAUGUCGAUGCAUCUACCCCCAAGGCUGAGGUGCAGAAAAAAGUCUCUCAGAUGAAAACUCUCCGGAACACUUUUAAGCAGUGGCUACUAAAACAUGAUCCAGAAGCCCUUCAAAACAAGUCUUUUUCUAUCAAAGACAUGACUGGAAGUGCCAUGGAAUUUUUGAACGAAACAACUGAUUAUGGAGUCAAUUUAGAUUCAAGUUCACUUCGGAAGACUGUGGGAACUGGAGGUCUCACUUAUAACCUACAUGGAAGGCUCAGAAACUCCCCCAAUGGAGUCAUACAGAAGACAAUUGUCCCAGGUAGAUUUUUGAAUGCCGAAGGAAACGAUAGACUCGCUGCCAUUGGUGGUUUUGUUGCAAAUGCUGGCUCUUCUUCUGUUUCGACAUCUCAAAUGGAUUACAGAAUGGGUGAUUUCGUGCGUCAGGUUCAAGUUCCAUUUGCCGUCAGUCACGCCGCUGUACAGGAUAACGGUAAAGUAGUGCUAAGGGCAUCUGCUGUUGGAGGAAUAAGCUCUAGGGCCAAAAUACAAAUGAACAGCAGAGGAUACCAACAAAGACCUCCUAAAAGGACACCAUCUCGUAGUGUCAGCGCCGAGGAUUCAACAAGACAUGCACAGGAACUGCUGAAUAUUUUAACCAAUUUCGACAACGGUAAAAACAAAAAGUUGAAAUAA